GGGAGCCGCGGCGGCAGGCUCGCACAUGCCCAGAGGCCGGGGCCAGGCUCUGUCCCGGCUCGCGGGGAAGUUCGGCGGCGCCGGCGGCAGCAGCGGCCCGGCUGGGCGGGGCGGGGGGAGGCGCCGCCGCUCGCGGGGCCGGCGAUGGGCGAUGGACGGAGGAGAUGGCGGGGCAGAAGCGUUUGUUUGGGUUAACGAUGUAUUGGCUCAUUCCCAGAGUGUUGCCAAGGCCAGAUAUGAAUUUCUGUUUGGUGGGUCAGAAACACAGAAACCUUCAGAAACAGCGUAAAGGAGCCUUGCUCUGAAUGAGAAUUGGACCCCUUGUGUCAGCACUGAUGUGACUGCAAUCCUGUAGCAUGUAGCACUGCCUUCCUCUCUGUUUCAAUGGGGACGCUAUCACGUGACUGUAAAAGUUGUGUGCCAGACACGUUCAGUAUUUCUCCAGGAGUCUGUACAGUAAGUCUCACAGCUCCUAUUUCUGCCAGCUGUACAAUGUGGACAAGGAGAUAGCACUCUGCUCCCACAUAACGCUUCCAAUGAAUUUCCAGAAUAUGGCACGAUGGAGCAAGGUGCAGAAGCACUGAGGAGUUCAUCGGAGUUUCUAGCAGAGGCUAUAACAUGCAGUUCAGAAAGGAGGGAGGAUGACCAGUUGCCUACUCUUCUUGCAAGUGGCACUUAUGCAGAUUUGCCAAUAUCUUGCAUUGAGACAUCACUGCUACCAACGAAAGAAGAACCGUUGCCACGUGCUGAUAGACAGACUGGGAUUAUGAAAAUUUCUCAAGAGCUAGAAGCUGCAAAAGUACAGAAGGGAGCAAAUGCUUCUCUUUGUUCAGAGCUGCAAAUGGAAAAAGAAAGGAAUAUUGGCAGCCAAGGCAUACAGGCAGCCAGAGAAUUGGUUCCAGCAGGCCAAGAAAAACCCUCAGACAAGCCUCUUCCAUCUGAAGUGAGAGCUGAGGAGAAAUUGUAUUUGAUCAUAGAAAAAGAUUUGGCUACAAUAGUAACUGGAGAAAUGCAGUUAGAGUCCUUCCAAGCCAUCAAUAAUAAAACUGAGGAGGUCCCCAAAGUGAAGGAGACAAGCUGUCACAGACCAUCUGUACCAGCCCUGGAGGCAGACAGCAAAGUUGGGGGCGUUAUCAGUAUUCUGGGGGAGGGAUGGUCAGAUUUUGAGAAGGAAUUUUCAGCGUACAAUCCAGGCGAGAUGCAAACGGGUCCUGGGAGGAGGAUCUCGAAAGAGGCAGCUGUGAGCAAACAUGUAGAAUUUCAAGGGGUGGAGAUUUUAUGGAUACAGAAAGCAGAGGAGCAGAAGGGAGUGAAGCAUUCAGCGCGAGAGGUCAAUGCACACUUACAAAGGGCCGUGUCUGUAGAAAAGAAGUUCUCCAAAGCAUCAAGCCACCCCAUUCCAGCCUCUGUCUCUUCAGAGUUAGUCACUUUGUCUGAGAGUGUUUGGAACGAAGCCCCGGCAGAUUUCAAACCAGGAGUUGGCUCGGAGUCCUUUUCUCUAGCUUUGCUAGCUGAAGGUGGGGAGGAUGAAGUCUUUGUGAAGGAUAAACUUGCAGAAGAAAAGAACCACAUGCUAAACACAGACAGUGAAAGGAUCAUGGAGGAGGAAGAAGCAGCCACGGGAGGAUGUGAAGAUGUCCUUGGACAAAGGCAUGUAGAAGUCUCCAUUGAUGUGUAUAGCUCGCAGUUUGAAAACAUUCUAGACAAUGCUUCUUUAUAUUAUAGUGCGGAAUCCCUGGAGACUUUAUACUCGGAACCCGAUAGCUACUUUAGUUUUGAAAUGCCACUCACUCCGAUGAUCCAGCAACGUAUCAAGGAAGGCAGUCAGUUCUUAGAAAGAACUUCUGCUUCAGGACAGCAAGAUGUCUGUAAGCUUCCCACAAAUGGUGAAAUCAAGAGUCAAUGCGGAGAGACCUCCAGUGGACUAAGGGACGUAAGUGACACCCUCUUCAGAAGAGACGUCACAGAGGUUACUCAUUUGGACAGGUAAAAAAAAUUUUUUUUAAUGG